AUUUUAAAUAAGUAAAUUUUUGAUUGUUAACUGUACAUAUUUAUUAGCAAUUGAAAAACUAUCUUCAAUAUGAUUGGUCAAUUAAAUGAAAUCUGCGUCAAAACAUCAGUUAAAUAGUCACUCCUAAUAAAAGAGAAUGAAACCGGUAUUUCUAUCUCUUUCUUUCUUUUAAUAUUGAGGAGUGUUGUAGAAAUGGCAGCAGGGACUCUCUAUACUUAUCCCGAUAACUUUCGGGCUGCCAAAACUCUUAUUGCAGCUCAAUAUGCAAAAGCUGAUAUCAAAAUUGCUCCAAAUUUUGUUUUUGGAGAAACUAAUAAAACCAGUGAUUUUUUAAAGAAAUUUCCUACUGGAAAGGUUCCAGCUUUUGAGUCAAAGGAUGGUAAAUACCUACAAGAUACUAACGCAAUAGCAUAUUACGUCGCAAAUGAUGAAUUAAGAGGUAAAAAUGAUUACGAUAGAGCACAAAUAUUGCAAUGGAUUGGUUUUGCCGAAGGAGAAAUUUUACCCGUUGUAUGUGCUUGGGUAUUCCCCGUCUUAGGAAUUUUAAAGAACGAUUCUGCAAAAGACUCUUUCCAGAGGGUGAAGGAUGAUAUUAAAAUUCCAUUAACAAUUCUCAACAGCCAUUUACUAACAAGGACUUAUUUAGUUGGAGAAAGAAUAACUUUGGCUGAUAUCGUAAUUGCUUGCAAUCUCCUUAACGCCUAUAAAUAUGUACUCGAUCCGAGUUUCAGGAAACCUUUCGUUGCUCUUAACAGAUGGUUUACAACUUUAAUUAACCAACCACAAUUCAAAGCAGUGCUCGGUGAUGUAGUAUUCUGCGAUAAAGUUGCUCAACUUGGAAAUUUGGAUGUAUCAGCUCAAUCGCAAGGUAAGAGCAAAAAGAAGGAAGCUAAGAAACAAGAACCGAAAUCAGAAAAGAAACAAACUCCCAAAAAAGAAAAGGAACCUGAAGAAGAACUAGAUGCUGCUGAUGCCGUUCUAGCAGCUGAACCUCCAAGCAAAGACCCGUUCGCCGAAUUACCAAAAGGAACUUUCAAUAUGGACGAUUUCAAACGCGUUUAUUCCAAUGAAGAAGAAAGCAAAUCAAUCCCGUAUUUCUGGGAAAAAUUCGAUCCAGAAUGUUAUUCAAUUUGGUAUAGCGAAUACAAAUAUCCCAAAGAACUAACUAAAGUGUUCAUGAGUUGUAAUUUGAUUACUGGAAUGCAACAGAGAUUGGACAAGAUGCGAAAACAAACUUUUGCAUCCGUGUGUUUAUUUGGCACUGACAAUGACAGUACCAUCUCUGGUAUUUGGGUGUGGAGAGGUCAAGACUUGGCUUUCACGUUAUCACCCGAUUGGCAAAUAGAUUAUGAAAGCUAUGAAUGGAAAAAACUGGAUCCCAAAUCCGAAGAAACGAAAAAACUUGUAGAACAAUACUUUUCAUGGACCGGUACUGAUAAAGAAGGCAGAAAAUUCAACCAAGGAAAAAUUUUCAAGUGAUUGGAAAAUCGAUAUAUGAAAAGAAGUCAUGUUUUGUUUCAUCCUAUUAAUUUUUAUUUUUACUUAAUGAAACUUUUAUGAAGUCUA